ACGAAAGAGUGUGAAAGCAACUUGGGAGUGCAAAAACAGCACCAAAAUUCAACGUCGACUAUAUUGUUUGAUAUUCGAAGUAUUUUAAUUAAAAUUCAGAAUAAGUUUAAUGCAGCGAAAUAUAUAAGAAGGCACUACACGUAAUUCGCAUAAAAAGUAAACUUUGCGUAUAGUUUAAAGAAGAGCACAAAGAAAGUUGUAUGUGCAGUUGUAUUGGCGCAUAAAACGUAUAAAUAAAUAAUAAAUAGUGAACGCUACAGAUAAAGCAAAAUACCUACAAUGGAUCGCAAUAACGGCUCUAAUCGCUACACACCAAUCCGGCGCGCAGGCCAGCAACAACAUCAAUCAAAUUCGUUAUCAUCACUUUCAUCAUCGAAUAAUAAUCAACAUCAACAUUUAGAUAAUCAUCGCAAUAAUUCGUCACAAUAUUCAACGACCAAUCAUAGCGCAUAUUCACCACAAUCAUCAAUGUCCCGCGAACCGCUCACACAACAUGACGAACUGAUUCGAUAUAUCAGGGAAGCAUGGACAAAGGUGAAUGAACAGAAUACGCCCGUAAAUUAUUGUAAUGAAUCGGAUCAUCAACUAAAAAAUUUCAAACCUUUUAAUUUGGAGGAGUACUGGGACCAACGGCAUUUUCAAAAUAUUCGUGUAUCACAUGGACAACAAUAAGAUAAUAAAAAUUUAUGCAGCAAUAACAGCAGUCGUAAAACAAAUUUUCCUUGUUUUAUAUGUUCUGUGUUGUUUGACAUGCAUUGAAAAAUGUUAUUGUAAUACUACAAGUAACACAUACGCUACAUAGAACUAUGUAUUUCCAUUAUUGAGAAAAAAUCUAAAAUUUUCUUCAAAAAUCCCGGAUAUUUAAGCAAAUACUUAUUUGAAAGUAAAUUGCGAUAUAAAGUAGUUGUAUUUCUCAAAGCUGAAAUUCUCGUUACAUUGUAGUUAAGAAAGUAUAUUUAAUUACAAUAUAGUAAUUACAAAAAAAGAAAAAAAGUAACGAAACGAAAAACCAAAAUUAAGUUAUUUAAAGUAAAAUAGAGUCGUAUGAAUCGUUCAUUCUAUCAAUUAAAAGAUUUCGCAAUAAUAUUAUUAAAUAAAAAAUUACGUGGAAGGGAAUGCAGACGAAAUAUUUCAAAAUUACAAUUAAAGGCAAUAAAAAAUAUGUAAACAAA